AUGUUUCCACCUGACGAUACAGAUAUCUCGGAGGUCAGACUAAGAGAGGUUGAUAAGGUGCUUGAGCUAAUUAAGGAUUUGUCUUCCAAAGAUUGCAACAUCAGUGAAGACGCCGUUAAAAGAGCCGAUGAAUACUUGAAGAAGGGAAAGACGGGUUUUUCGAAAACUCUGAUCAAUAAGAGCGACUUGAACUCAGCGAAUAUGGGCAGUAAGUGCUUUCUAGACCGAUCUAGGUUUCGUCCAUUUUAA